CACACCCAGCCGUGAGCACAAUUUAUCGGGACCCGCACCAACAGGAGGGGGAUCGAACACCAGCGUCCCGCAGACACAAUGGCUGUGACAGUGGCUUUGCGUGGAUGAUGCUCUCCUCCUGCUGCAUGUGGCCUUUGAACCCAUUGUUGUGUCGCGGGUGACGUCAGUGCCGUGUGCGGGAGACGGAGCGGCGUGCGCCUGGCGAGACAAAGGCGGCGGAGCGACCGGGGUCAGGCAGCAGCAGCAGCAACAGCAGCGGCGGCAGCAGCAGCAGCAGCGCGGAGCCGAGAACCACUGCUUUAUUUUUUAACUAAAAGGUAACUGCUACCCUCCAGCUGCUGUGUUCCUGACGGUGAGCAGCAUGAGGAGCCAGUGACUGUGCUCGCAGGGAGGCUUCACUCUCCAGACAGAAAACAACACAACGCUUCCCUCUUUGCGUUUUUAAACGUUUUUCUCCUACGCCCCCCGUUUAGCUAGUUAGCUAGCCCGCUAGCUCCUAGCGCCGCUCAGCUCCGGUCUCCUCCUCCUCCUGCUCCUUCUCCUGGCUGCUUCUCAUCUUCCCCACCCGAGAGCUGGACUGCAGCCGAAGACAGGAGCCCGUCGACAAAGACAAUAGGAAGAGAAGAGAUCACUCCCAACAAAUAGGCAUCCGUGAUCUGAUGUGAGAUCCACGGAGAGACUAUGCCUAGCCCUUUAUUCCACCCCGAGAUUAUGGACCACGACGUGGUCAUCAGCAGCCAGCACAAUGGGGUCGGUCUGCCCCGAGAGACGGACCAGGAGUCCCGGGAGGAGGACCACCAAGAGGCGCUCCGCUUCGCCCUGGACCAGCUGUCACUCAUGGCCCUGGAGAAAGUGGACUGUGGGGGCGGAGGUGUUGGGCUGACCGACUCUCUGGAUGGGACCCCGGUUCCCGCUUCCGAGGGCUGCAACGGCGUCGGUGGAGGGGGGUACAUGGACCUACAGAUGCUGGAGCAUCCCGGCGGGUCGCGGGACUCGCCCUCGUCUUGCUCCCCAUCCCCGGAGUACUACGGCUCGGGCGGGUACCACAUGACCGGCUCGCACCCCAUGCUGCACGGGGAACAAAGCUCUGUCCUCUGCAGCAGGAAAAGAAGUGUCAACAUGACCGAAUGUGUGCCUGUGCCCAGCUCCGAGCAUGUGGCUGAAAUAGUAGGAAGACAAGGUUGUAAGAUCAAGGCCUUGCGUGCCAAAACAAACACCUACAUAAAGACUCCAGUGAGGGGCGAGGAGCCCGUCUUCAUCGUGACAGGACGUAGAGAGGACGUGGAGAUGGCCAAACGUGAAAUUGUCUCUGCGGCCGAGCAUUUCUCUAUGAUCCGGGCGUCCCGCUGCAAAGCUGGCGCACCCGGAGGGGGAAGCUCUCUUCCUGGACCACCACAUCUUCCUGGACAGACCACCAUACAGGUGAGGGUGCCCUACAGAGUUGUUGGUUUAGUUGUUGGACCAAAGGGAGCAACUAUCAAGCGCAUCCAGCAGCAGACUCACACCUACAUCGUGACACCCAGUCGAGAGAAAGACCCCGUGUUCGAGGUGACCGGGAUGCCGGAAAAUGUGGACCGAGCGAGAGAGGAGAUCGAGACCCACAUCACCCUGCGAACUGGAACCUUUGUCGACCUGCAGGGAGACAACGACUUCCACUCCAACGGCACUGAUGUCAGCCUGGAAGGCCUGGGCUCCCUGAGCGGAGGGCUGGCGGCGUCUCUGUGGUCCAGGGCUACCAAUCACCAUUCUGCCCCUCCUCCCCCUCCACCCUCCCCUCCUGCCGCUGUUCCCAUGUCCAUGCACCACUCCAACAGCCGAAAGGUGUCCUCCUCUGCCGCCUACCAAGCGCACAAUGGCGGUAUGAACUCGGAAAGCUUCAGCACCAGCAGGAAAGCCAACGAGGGAGGCAGUCCAACUAGUCCUUUUAGCACAGGCUCCAGCAGCGCUGGAGGAGGAUUCACAUUCGGGGGUGACUCCACCCCGGGGCUGCCCUCCUCAGAUGAACUGGGCUUUGAGUUCAGUGCUUCCAACAUCUGGGCGCCUUUUGUUAAUGGUGGAACAGGCAAUAAGACAGGUGGCUCCUCCCAGCAGCAGCCUCUACGUCGCAACAGCAGUGGCCUCAGUGGCGGCGCCAUCACUCCACGGUUGUCUCCAACUCUGCCUCAGGACACAGGUGUGGGCCCCCUGGAUCACCCGCUGGCCCGUCGUGCACAAAGUGACCCCCUCAGCACUCUCUCCUGGCUCCAGUCAGGCAGCGCAGGAGGCGGCUCCUUCUCCGGAGCAUCCAGCUCCAGCUCCGGGGGCUCGUCAACCGGUUACUCCUCUUGCUCGGCCUCCUCCCUGCCCGGCGGCUCUCCGACUGACUCCGAGGGAGGCAGUAGCGGCGUGGGCCUCAGCUCUGGGAUCCUGAGUCGACUGAAAGGCGGCUCUGGGGUGGCGGGCCUGGUUGGCGUCGGCCCCGGGGUCAACAGGGACUGCUUUGUGUGUUUUGAGAGCGAGGUGACGGCAGCCCUGGUGCCCUGCGGCCACAACCUGUUCUGCAUGGAGUGUGCCGGGCAAAUUUGCCAGUCAACUGAGCCGGAGUGCCCUGUCUGCCACACCCCCACUACACAGUGCAUCCGCAUCUUCUCCUAAUGGCCCAGGCGGGGUGGGGGUUGGGGAUGGGAGGUGUAAUUUGAGGGUGGGGGGCAGGAAGAGGACUUGAGUGGGGCACAGGAAGAGGACUUGAGUGGGGCACCUGCUGUGGCAGAGGCGAUGGAAGGAUCCACACUAAAAACCUUCACACACAUGACGGACCAUAAUAAAUACAUUAAUAGAGAUGAUGAUACUAUACGGAUGUUGAUUUAUUACUGAUAACUGUCAAGAUGAAUAAUAACAAUAAUAAUAAUAAUGACUGACUUAUUUUAAGAGUGAAGUUACUAGAAGCUGGUCUGCAGACAUCGGGGCUCAAGACAGUCUCUGGGCGGUGAACUUGAUGGAAGGAAACUAGUGUCUUAUCUCUCUUCAGGCCUUCAUUUUGAGCCGGAGCAGCGUGCACCACUGGCCGCCGGUCCGUCUCCACAUUUCUUCAUUCUGGCUUCUUCAGAUCUCUGCCUGCUUUCUCUCUCACAGCCUUUCCUUUUGACACUUUUGUACUUAACAGAUAUUUUUCGAUGAAGUUGUCACUGAGGCCUGCACUUUUCUACUCCUUAUUUUAAUGUUCUUGACAGGACGCAAACGGUUCCAACAACCCCCCCACCCCCCCACCCCUCGAUUUCGACAUGAAGCGGCGGGGUUGCUGUUAUCCCCUUAAGCUUGGUCGGCAUGUAGUCAGGCACCUAGCAGAACAAUACGCCCGAGGGACCUCUUGAGGAUGAAUUCCUUGUUUCUCGUUGCCACAGAAGAAAAAUUAGCCAUCAGUGAUGCCAAAUGAAUGCUAUAAAUAGACGUCUUGUUAUUCUUGAUAAAACUCAAUAAUGUGUUGGAUGAAUUUGGAUGAGUCCGCCCCACAUUUAUAAUGUGGCAGCUGCAUCGAUUCACAUGAUUUUAUCCUCUUGAAUAAGUCAAACAUACCAUGAGUGAUGAUGAAGGCAUGUGUCUGAGGUCUGUACGUAUGAGCUGCCUGACAAUCACUUUACAUCUCUCUUGCGCGCGCGUGUGAGAGUAACGCCCGCUCAUGCUGUUCUUCACCUCUGCAUUGUUACGCAUCCUCCACCAGGAGAAGGUUCUGGUCUCUGUCCCGCUGCCCCUCCUUUACUUCACUCUCACCCGACGCUCUGAUCCAUCCACACCGGGACACUUUCCUCUCACUUCCUGUCUGUUACACUCAGAUCGACUCAUUUCGUGUUUUCUACUUGUGUUUGACUCUUGACUGUCGAGUGUGUGGCUUACAGACAUGUUUUGAACUCUAGGAUCAGAUAGGGCUUUUCUGAUGUCACACGUGAAUGUUUUUGUCCAGGUUAAGGAGAGACGUCCGCUCCUCCCACAUGAAACAAUAACAAGGGGCUUGAUUUGAAGCAUUUUUUUUUCAUGCACUGUAAUCCUCAGCCCCUGUAAAAAA